CACUGGCCAAAAAAAUACAAGAGAUAAAUGUAGGAUUCUAUCAUCUGCAACAUUUUGCUUUUUCCGCUUCCUCCCUUCUGGACCGAACCACACCAGUGACGAAAUGGUCCAAGCUUGGGAGGUUGGCCCCCUCCGGUGGCCCGUGACUGAAUAUCUUUCUUUUCCGUUCUCGCCGUCUUCCCGGAAUCCCGACCUACCGUCCUUGGUGUUUCAUCUUUCUCAACGUCCCAUGAUAUUACCACGGCUAUUACCUCGCUGCCAGAAUGGCGUCGUGAAAGGACACCAUGGAUAAUACGUUACCGUCGACAACCUUACGAGCAAUCGUGUCCUUGGUUGUCCUCUUUGUCCUGGCAACGACCUUUCUCGCUCUCAGGAUUUACGCGAGAGUCGUCGCGCUGAGAAGCUGGCGACUAGGGACGGACGACUAUGUCAUACUUACUGCGUGGAUUCUCUUCACUUCUAUGAUAUGGCUCCGUGUCGCGCUUCUAAGUGCGUCCACGUUUGCGGGGAUAUUAACCGUCCCCAAGUACAGCAAGAUCAGUGGGGCAGCCGGGAUAAUGUCAAACAUAGCGUGGGCGCUAAGCAAGACAUCAUUCGCCUUCACGCUCAUGCGUUUAAUGACGGGGAAGCUUCGGUGGAUGCUGUGGUUUAUCAUCUUCUCCAUGAACCUCUUCAUUGCGCUGUGGCUGCCGUUAUUUCUCAAUCCAUGUGGCCCUGGCGGACCGGAGCCGUGCUGGCCACGCGAAGUAUCCGUUCCGUUUGGGAUAUUUGUUAACGCAUAUUCGGCUUUUUUGGACAUUUACCUUUCCUUGCUACCGUGGAAAAUUAUAUGGCCCCUUCAUCUUAGCACACGAGAACGGGUCGGCAUCUGCGUUGCGAUGAGUAUGGGUAUCGUCGCUGGAGCUACUGGGAUAGUUAAAGUUUUAUAUCUCUUCGGACCACAGUCACGUAGUAUAUUCGACUCCGGAAGUAUUUACACAUUAAGCACCCUCUUCAUUUGGGAAAGCGCUGAGAUAUCAGCCACAAUCAUGGCCACGUCGAUCCCCAUGCUACGGAAACUAGCCGUGAACGUCACAACAAGGCAUUCCUCGCGCGGAAGUAGCGAAAACACUAUGCUAUCCGUAUUCCAGCGCCAGCUACGUAUAGCUGGACUGAGCAACGGUGCCGAUGGCCAACACGCAGAUCAGCCCACGAAUUAUACUGGCGCUUCUUCUACGAAUUAUUCUCGGGCUUAAGAGAGACUAAGGAGACAAACUCUCGAGCCUUAUUACAACAUGAGUCAAGCGCAGGCUACCCUAUUCGGAUGUCACCAACUUGGCGAAGAGGAUGGACAGUGCCCUCAUAUUGGCCUAUGAACCAACACACAAUACUCAAAUCUUUCUCGCAUGGUCUCACCAUGAGAGAUUAGCUUACUCGCUCCUUGAGUCAGCUUGUCCAUUUUGAUCGGUCCCCGAUAAAAGUACUAGUACCACAUAGAAUAUUAAUGAAUUGUCAAACUGUCAAAAGUAAC